GCCGAGUCGGUGACGCAAGGGUGACUGUGCUACCGUGUCACUCACCCGGAAGUAGAAUCCGGAAACCCAGCCGGUACGCGCCACGUCCGUGAGCGGAAGCGGAAGUGCAGGCCACUCGGACAGCCUGACUCAAAGUGCCGGCAAUGAUCCCUCUGCGGACCAGCGCUCUACUUCUCACCGCCCUCAGCAUCAUCUCACAGGCCCGGGCCAUCUCCUUUCAGCUACCGGCCAACGCCAGGAAAUGUCUUCGAGAGGAAAUCCACAAAGAUGUCCUGGUGACAGGGGAGUAUGAACUGAGUGAGCAACCCGGAGGGAGAACAGACCUGAAGGUGACAGACUCAUCGGGCCACAUCCUCUACUCCAAGGAGGAGGCAAGCAAGGGCAAGUUUGCUUUCACCACCGACGACUACGACAUGUUUGAGAUCUGCUUCGAGAGCCGCCUCCCUGCAGGCCAUUUCCGUGUUCCUGAUCAACUGAUUGUCCUCAACACGAAGCAUGGCGUUGAAGCCAAGAACUACGAAGAUAUCGCCAAGGCAGAGAAGCUGAAGCCUCUGGAGGUGGAACUACGGCGAUUAGAGGAUUUGUCGGAAUCGAUCGUGAACGACUUUGCCUACAUGAAGCAGAGAGAGGAGGAGAUGAGGGACACCAACGAGUCUACCAGCGCCCGCGUCCUGUACUUCAGCAUCUUCUCAAUGUGCUGCCUCGUCGGCUUGGCGACCUGGCAGGUCUUUUAUUUGCGUCGUUUCUUCAAAGCCAAGAAACUCAUCGAGUGAUGCUGAUGGGAAGGGACGUGUGUAUGUGUAACGUUGGCCUGUGAGGGGAGGGCUGUCCGGAGGGGGUGGGUGUUAAUUUACAAUAACAUUUCUUUGUAUUAAACGCGGUGCUUUAAAUAUU